AUGGAAAAGAAAAAAAAGAAAAAGCAUUUUUCUUUUCAAGGUUACUUUAAGCAGUCAAAGAAUAGUACAGUCACUGAAGAGAAUGAUAAUAAUAUCAUGGCUGAGCAGAAUGAAUAUGACUUAGGUGGAAGGAACGAAAUCAGAAAAGAAUUUUGUAAAAACCCGCUAGGAUUAGUAGCUUAUUAUCGUUGUACAGAAGGUAGAGAUGUAACCUUAAAUGACCAUUCAGGGUGUAAUAGAACAGCAUGUAUAAAAAACUACAAGCAGCAUGACUCACCGUGGAUGUUCAAACUAAUGAACACGCAGCUACUCUAUUUUCAGGGAAAUGAGGAAGAGAAGAUAAAGGAAAAUUACUGCUUAAAACUAAGCGGAAAAGGUAAAUGUUACAUUGAGAUUGAGUCAGAUAGCUGCUUGGAGCUGUUAGGAGGGAAUUACAGCACGAAUGAAAAGAGCAUACAUAUAAAAAAUGAAAUACAAAAAAGUUUGUCUAACGAAAAUAAUGAAGGGUUUACUUUUGAAAUGUGGAUUGGGUUGAAGGAAAAUCUUUUUUAUGAUGAAAAGGAAAAAAAAAAAGAAAAGUAUAAAGAUAAGGAUAAGGAUAAACACAAGGAUAAGCACAAGGAUAAGCACAAGGAUAAGCAUAAGGAUACAUAUGCAGAUGAGAAGGGGGAAAAAAAAAAAGAAAAAAAAAAAAAAAAAUGCAUCUGCUUAAUUCAGAAAGGAACUGAAGAACAAUGUGAAUGGAGUAUACACUUAAUUUUUGAUAAAGACGAAUGUUAUUUUGUAAUAAAUUUUAAAAAUAAGAAAUUUCGUUUUGAUUCUUUCCCUUGUGAGUAUAUAAAAAGUAUAAAGUUAAAUAAUUACUACUGGAGCAAUGUUUCAAUCAUUUUUAACUUAACCAUUGAUCUUAUAUAUAUAGUAUUAACAGGUGAUGAUAAUUAUUUUUUAAAAACUUGUAAAAAUGGUUAUGCUAUUUUUUAUAAUACAUAUUUAUAUGCUACGAACUUUUUUAUUGAUUGUAAUUUUAAAUUACCCCUAUGCAUCGGUAUGAAAUCAAAUAAUGAGAAUUAUAAUAUUGAUAGAAGUGAUGAUAAUACUAUUUCGAAUGAUUAUAAUAUGAAGAGUUAUUAUAAACCUAGUAAAAGCAAGAAGAGUAAUGAGAACACAGAUUUCAUCUCUUUUUUAGUAACCGAGAUACGACUAUUUGCUGCAAGUAGAUCAGCCGAUCUUGUAAUGAAGGAGCAUAAGUAUAUGUUACAUUCGGACCUUCUGUCAACUAUGCGCACAGAAGAUGAUGCUGAGGGUAGUGCAACAGUAAGAAAAAUGAAAGAAAAGAUGGAGUUCGCCAAUGAGGGUGAUUACGACUGUAGAAAAGGCAGCAGUGGCAGUAAUGGUACUCUGGGGGAACGUACAGCAGGAGCAGACUCACGGUGUACCUCCACCCCAUCCAGAAGUAACUCCUUAGGUAAGCACACUUCUGAACGGGGGCAUUCUGAUGAAGGAAUGGAAAAAAAUAAAAAAAAUAAAAAAAGUAAGAAUUAUGAAAAAGGUAAGGUACGUGAUAAAAGUAAGAUACAUUAUAAAGGUAAGACAGAUGAUGAGGAAAGGAGAUGGGAUAGUGUAUCUUCUGACAGGAGAAUAAGCAAAAAGACAACAAGUCACAUGGUAGGGGAUAAAAGAGAUAAAAAAUAUGAAGACGAUAAUCCAAAUAGGGGAAUGCGAAAAGCGCAUAAUGACAAUGAUGAUAAUACAAACGGACAGGGUAACUCAUCUUUUAGAGGAAAAUGGAAUCAUGAGGAUAGGCAAGAGUUGAAGAACAAUUGGCAGUAUGGGGGUGAUGACCAUGGUAAAAAUAAGCCCAUCACGGAAAGGUGCGACGCGUUUAACAACGAGAUUGAACGGAUAAAAAAAAAAUUUAUCCAGCUUGACAACGAAAUAAAGGAAAGGAAGGAAGUAAAGGACGGGAAGGAAGUAAAGGACGGGAAGGAAGUAAAAGAAGGGAAGGAAGUAAAGGACGGGAAGGAAGUAAAGGACGGGAAGAACGUAACAGAUGAUGAUAAGUUGAAGUCGUACUGUGAACAAGGUGUGGAUGAUGAUAGAAAUGAUGAAAAGCGCAUAAACGGUACAUCUCUAUCGAAGCAAGAUUUCUUCAAGUUUGAUUCGGAUGAAGGAUCCAACAGAUCUGCAAGGGAUAAUUUGCGUUCCUUUGCAAAGGUUUUAUCUGCCCACUCGCAGUUAUCUGAUGAUGACCUUUUUUCAAUUAAGGAAAGUGAAAAGGUUAAUAGUAGUGAUAAAAAGAACAGAAGAUUGAAAAGUGCAAAUAACUUCUCCUCUGUAGAUAAUGAUGAAUACACAUACAAGAACAAAAGGAACGAAUUAAAUGAAGAGAAAUUGGCUUACUAUUCGAAUUUACCAAAUAGGAAUAAAACAAACAACAAAGAUGAAUCUUUAUUUUUUAAUUUUUCUGACCAUAAUGGUAAUAAUAAUGAUAGUAGUAACAGUAAUUGGAAUAGUAACAGUAAUUGGAAUAGUAACAGUAAUAGUAAUAGUAACAGUAAUAGUAAUAAUAAUAGUAAUAAUAAUAAUAAUAGUAGUAAUAAUAAUAAUAGUAAUAAUAAUAAUAUAAUAAUAAUAAUAAUAAAUAAUAAUAAUAAUAAUAAUAAUAAUAAUAAUAAUAAUAAUAAUAAUAAUAAUAAUAAUAGUUCCUGUAUGGGAAAAGAACGAGGUAACGAUUCAAACCUGAUGAGUAAGCGCAGCAGUUUUUCGGAUAAUGCUAAUAAGUAUAUGGAUGGUAAAGAUAAAAGGAGUGAGGGAAAUUCGAAAAAAAAGGCUUUUAUUGAAAUGUCGGGAAGUGGAAACCAGAUUGGAAAAAGUAUCAAAAGGAUCGCACCAGUCAGAGCAAAGGGUAAUAGAAGUGGCAGUGUUAGCGAUAAUGGAAGUGACAAUAUCAGUGGUAACGUUAGUGCUAAUGGAGAUGGAUGCAGUGAUGAGGAGGUGAGUUACUUCCUUAAUGAAGUAAAAGACAAGUUCAAAGGGGAACUCUUCGAUGCCUUUUUAAAUAAGCUGCUUGGAAGGACUUUGCAUUUAAGUAAAAGAGAUAAGGGGAAAAUUAUGGAAAUAAUUAAAAAGGAGAUAAUAAAAGAAGCUAAAAAAAAUAGGAAUGAAGAGCGAAAAUUAAGCAAAGAUUUUAUCAGGGAAAAGUACUAUGAAUUAGUUAAGAAAAAGGAGCAGCAAGAAGAAAAUAAGUUUUACCAAGAAAUAAAAGAAGAGUUAAAAAAGACAAAGGAAUUAUCACCACUCGAGUUGGACAUAAGUAACUAUAUAAAGGAAAAUCAACUCAUUAAUGAGUAUUAUGUGAACAAGUACAAAUGCAGUAGUGAAAAAUCAGGCAGAUCAAGUGAAGAUAAAAGUGAAGGCGUGGGUGGAGGUAUAUAUGAAGGCAUGAACGGAGACGUGGACGGAAGCAGGAACAGAUGCAUGGACAGAAGCAUGAACAGAAGUAUGGAUGAAGGCAUAAGGAAAAAUUUUAAUGGAGAAAAUUUCAUAAACUUCGAUUGGUUAAAUAAAAAUGUAAAACUGCAAGAAGGUGGGCAAGAAGAGCAUAAUUUGAUGAACUUUCAUGCUCAUAGGAGCAUCUCCCCCCUUUCUGACGCAAGUAGAUCCAUUGUUAACUUAAAUUAUGGAGGAAGAAAUACCCUGGACUGGGGGGUAAAAAUGCAUGAAUGGGGGGAAGCACCCCUUGUGGAUGAAACUCAUCGUACGAGUGAAGCUUACCAUAAGAAUGAAUCAAACCAUGGGGGAGAAUCCCACCAAAGGAACGACACUGAAGAGAAACGAUCGGAUAUAAGUGAUUUCACAUUUAACAAGUGCAAAAGUUAUAAGGAACAAAAUAAAAAACAUGAACAAAAAAUGAGAAAUCAGGUAAAACAUCAUGUAGUUCAUGGUGUAAAUUAUAAUAAGGGGGAAGGAAUAAAAGGAAAAGGUAUGAAUGUAGGGAAAAUCGCAAAUAAGAAUGACGAGCCUCCUUUACGACCUUAUGGAAAUCCUAAUGAAAAGUAUGUUUUUCUUAACAGAGUAAAUGAAAAGCUGGAUGGAAAGAAGAAGCAUAGAUCUAAUCCUGAAGGUAAUGAUAGAAGCUCCCAGUUAAAAGGAGGGCAUGACAAGGAUAGUUUAGAACAAAGAGCAGUAGGUAUGAGUGAAAAGCGUGAGGACAGAAGUAGUGUUGAUAUGGAGGGGAGUUAUUGUAUGGAAGAGGAGGAGCUAAGUAAUGUCGAUGUGGAGGAACCUUGUAGCAUCGUUGCAGAACAGAAUAACACCAUAACAGCAGAUGGCGAAAUAAACCGAGGGAAAAAGUUUUACAAGUUUAUUGUACCGUUAACCCCAUACGAAUUGUAUAUGAUAAAUAAAUUUUACCAAAAAGGUAUUAAAGAGGAAUUAAAAGAAUUUAGGAAUAAAGAUUACGUGCGUUGUUCUAAAUACAUGAUUCCAACAGUAACAUCAAGAAGUUCAUUUAACAUGACAUAUAUUAAAUAUAAAAUUCAUAUGAUGAAAUCAUUAUUAAAAGUUAACUUAAAAUAUAUAAAAGAGAAAAAGUACACGAAAGCAUUAAAAGUGUGUGUAAGAAAUGGGGAAUACAUACGAAACUUCAUAAGAAGCUAUUGUAUAUUUAAAACGAAUGUAUUAAAAAAGAAUCAUAGGUAUUUUGAGAUAUAUUUGAAUCUAGAUCGUACAUAUAUAACAAUGGAUGAGUUAAAAAAUAUACUGAAAGCGAAUGUCCGAAAUAUUAUUAUUUGUAAAAUUUUAAUAUUGAUUAAUGAAUAUAAACAUUAUAAAUAUAUAGAAAAUUCUUCUCUCAUUUUAAUUCUUUAUUCAAUAUUGUGUAGAAUUAUUGUUAAUUCAAAAUUAUUAAAUGUUAUUUUAAAAAAGUUUAUAGUACACUUAUUUUUAAGAGGAUGUUUAUAUUAUGUGGAAAAAAUGUGUAAUUUCUUUUUUUUGUUAUUUCCAUAUGAGAAUAAACAUUUCAUUAUAUCACGCAUAUACAAUCUUUCUAAAAAUUCUUUUCUGAGAUAUUCGACUUGUUAUAAAAGUAAUAAAUAUGCUCUUAUCAAUAAUUACCACUACAAUUUUGAAAACUGUAUAAAGAAUUUCUCCCCUGAGUGGGGGUACUAUAUAUAUACUACAAGCAAUUUUAAUAUAUUUUCCUCAAACAUUAAAUUUAACGGAUUUUUAAAAAAGAAUGUAGACUUUUCCAUAAUUUCAGAUGAACAGUGUAAAUCCUUAUUCAAUGAAAACAACUCUGCUGUUAUAUGUAACGUGGUUGGAAAUGAUGCAACACAGUAUGGCAAUGCUCAUACAAGGGAUCAAAGUACAGAUCAGGAAAGAAGAGGUAAUAACAAGGGAGAAGAUACCGGGCUGAAAGCUUCCCAUAAUGGGGAUGUGCACAUUUGUAGUGCUAACAACAUGGAUAAGAGCAAGAUGAUCGUACUGCACGAAGGAAAUAGGUGUGAUAAUGUAAAUUUACCUGUACAUGAUGUGCAUAACGAAAAAGAAGAAACCGAUGAGAAAAAAGGUGUAAAGAAAAUUUCUCUAUAUAACUACUUACUAAAUUAUGAGAAAAAAAAAAGGUACUAUUACAUUGUUGAUGAUAACAUGAAGCGUAUUCAGUUUAGUAGAAAAGAAACAAAUUAUAACUUAGAAACUUAUAUCCAAUUUAAUAAUCAGAAUGAUACAACAAAUGAACAAGACAGUAUGUUAGAUCAUCUUAUGAAAAAUGUAAAUUGUGAUGCAUACUUAAAUACUUCCAUGUAUCCUUAUAAGAAUACACAAUUACUAGGAAAUUGUCCAUACUGUAAUAAUUCCUUUAAAUAUUUUACCCGAACAUGUAACGUUUGUCAAAGGCAUGUGCACAUUUGCUACUACUUCUUUAUUUACUGCACAUACAAGUACCACUGUGAGCUGUGCGAUGCAACGUACUCCGAUAAGUGUCUGGAUCAUUUCAAAAGAGGCUUUACCUGUUUUUAUUGCGGUUUAUUUUUCAUAAGGAAAUAG